GGCUCAAAAACUCACCAUUGAGUGGACGGUAUUUUCCGGGAAGAAAACUCUUCUUUCACAAUUCGUUUUAUCUUAGUUGCCAAACAACACUAGCUGUGUUGGUCAAUUUGUGAUAAAUUAACUGUGACACAGCACGUACGUUUAUAUGAUUUAUCUACCAUUGAUUAAUACGAUACUCUAAAUAGUAUUCUCUUUAAUCCUAGUUAACCUGCUGUUUCAGCCCUAGGAUGCUAGAAUGGGCUAGAGAUGAUGUAUCCAAUGUGGCUGGAGAGCUAUCUUUGUUGUCUGGACUUGUCAUGUGGGCAACAACCUACCCUGGCAUCAGGCGGAAAAUGUUCGAGCUCUUCUUUUACACCCAUUACCUCUACAUCCUCUUCAUGGUUUUCUUUAUAUUCCAUGUUGGUAUCUCUUUUGCCUGCCUUAUGCUACCUGGAUUUUACCUCUUCUUGGUUGAUCGUUUCUUGAGAUUCUUACAAUCACGACAAAGAGUUCGCCUAGUUUCAGCCCGGAUUCUGCCGUGUGAUACUGUAGAACUCAACUUCUCUAAGAAUCCAAGGUUGAGUUAUAAUCCCACGAGCAUUUUGUUUAUCAAUGUGCCUAGCAUUUCUGGCCUGCAGUGGCAUCCUUUUACCAUCACUUCUAAUAGCAACCUGGAGCCUGAAAAGUUGAGUGUUGUCAUUAAGAGUGAUGGAAGUUGGACCCGGAAGCUACACCAGAUGCUUUCUUCACCUUCUUCAAUUGAUCGUCUUGAGGUCUCAGUUGAAGGACCAUAUGGACCUGCUUCAACACAUUUUAUAAGGCAUGACCAGCUAGUGAUGGUAAGUGGAGGCAGUGGCAUUGCCCCUUUCAUUUCUAUAGUCCGAGAACUCAUCUUUGCGAGCACAACAUACAAAUGCAAGACACCUGAAGUAAUCCUAGUUUGCGCAUUCAAGAAAUCUUCAGAACUCACCAUGCUAGACCUCCUGCUUCCAAUAUCUGGCAGCCCAUCAGAUAUUUCCAAGCUGCAGUUAAAAAUUGAGGCUUUUGUAACAAGAGAGAAAGGGCCGACAACGGAUAGCUCGAAGACCCCUCGAGCCAUAUGGUUCAAUCCCCACGCAACUGAUGCACCUAUAUCUGCCAUUUUAGGCCCCAAAAGCUGGCUAUGGCUCGGCGCUAUCAUAUCAUCUUCUUUCAUCAUUUUCCUCAUUAUAAUUGGCCUUAUUACUGGCUACUACAUCUACCCAAUCGAUCAAAACACCGAGGGGGGUUUCCCAUUGGCGUUUAGAUCUUUUCUCAAUAUGUUAGUUAUUUGCAUAUGCAUAGCCAUGACAGCAAGUGCAGCUGUUCUUUGGAACAAGAAACAAAAUGCGAGGGAAGUUAAGCAGAUUCAGAACGUGGAAGGGCCAACACCAGCCGGAUCACCUCAGUCAUGGGUGUACAGAGCUGACAGAGAAUUGGAAAGUGUCCCUCAUCAGUCUCUUUUCCAGGCUAUUAAUGUGCACUAUGGUGAAAGGCCUGACCUAAAGAAAAUCCUGUUUGAAUGCAAAGGAUCAAGUGUGGGGGUUCUUGCCAGUGGUCCAAAGAUGAUGAGACAUGCGAUUGCAAACAUCUGUUCAUCUGGUUUAGCAGAUAAUCUGCACUUCGAAUCCAUUAGCUUUACCUGGUGAUUUUGCUCACCUCUGCCGAAGUUGUCUGUUCUCCUUUACAAUCGCUUUCCGCUUCCUUUUUUCUUUUCUUUUUUACAGCCGGUGUUCUUCUCUCUGUAUUAUCAAGAUGUGUAAUAUUAUCCUUUUCCUUUUUUUUUCCUGAACAAAUCAUAUGCAAUAUCUGAUGUAGAUUUUCUGAUCGAAAAGAAUAAAAUCGAUGUGUUAGUAGCC